AUGCCCAAAUACCGGCUGGGAGGCUUUUUUUUUGACAUCUCGUCGAUUUUGUCCGGACUCUGGCUCUGGGCAGUUUCGAAUUUUGUCACUUUUUGUCCGGAUUGGCCCCCAGCUGUAGGGCCUAAAAUCCACAUUUUUUGUCCGGAUCGGGACCAGGGCUUUCCUGCUAUUGCCCGGGGUCCUAGUUCCUGUAUCACCCCAGCGCUUAUGAUAGAUCGCCGGCCUCCAACUUUUUUGGUCUUCUCGGCCACUGCAAUCUUCAGUACCAGUUGUCGUAUCACCGAUAAACGCGUAUUGUGGUCCAGACUCACCUUCUACGCGGGUCAUGGUCUAUUCUAA